GGUGAAAUAACCUUUCAACAUCGUGACAGAUCGCCACCAUCACUAUCACAAUGUGUGUAUAUAUAUAUAUAGUGACGGCAUGGCGAUCUGUCACGCCGGGAUUCUCAACAAGGCAGGUUGAGGGUCUCCAGGGUACUUAUUUAACUGGCUUUUCACUUUCCUCAUUUGUUUGUAAAAGUCAAUUUUGGGACCCGGAGCCGGGAGAUUUCAAAGCGAUUUGGGAGGGAUGAAAUCUCCAAUGCUGGGACCAGGUUUUGGGAACGGCCAGGAGACUGAUAGGGCAGGUGUGUGUGGGUCU